AUGGUGCAGGGGUUCGACGUGCCCCAGGUGAUGAUGGUGGCGGUGCCGCCGGGCACGCCCGCCGGCGCGCAGAUGAUGGUCGCGGCCCCGAGCGGCGCGCAGUUCACGGUCGUCGUGCCCCCGGGCCUGCCCGAGGGCGGCGCCUUCCAGGUGCAGGUGCCGCCGGCGCAGCCCGCGAUGAUGGCCGCGCAGCCCGUCGCCGUCGGCGCGGCGCUCGUCGGCGGCGUCGCGGCGGCCGGCGCCGCGGGCGCCGCCGUCGUGUCGGCGGGCGUCGCGGGCGUGAACAGCGCCAUCAAGAUGGUCAUGGGCCCCGCGCGGCUCCACGGCAUCGCCGGCAUGGCCCAGAUGCUCGAGAGCUCGCAGGGCGUCAAGAUCCAGCAGAAGAUCCACGGCUUCGAGGCCGUCUCCGGCGGCUGCUGCGAGCAGUCCAACGAGUACCGCAUCUUCGGCGGCGGCGCCGACGCCCACGGCCGCGACACCCUCCUCUUCAACGCCAAGGAGCAGAGCGGCGGCUGCGACCGCGUCUGCUGCAAGCCGCACAACAACCUGCUCCUCCACAUCAACGCGCACGACACGAACGAGACCCUCAUCACCCUGGAGCGCAAGGGCAUGAAGUGCAACUGCAACGGCCCGCGCCAGUGCCUCUUCUGCCCCAUCCUCGGCGAAUUCUGCGCCGAGGAGAUGAUCGUCCACGAGGGCCUGGUCCAGGGCGAGCCGGGCAACAUCAACCCCGCGACGAAGCUCUCCCUCAUCCGCCAGCCGGCGCCGCUGGGCGGCUGCCUCGUGCCCACGCUGGAGAUCCUGAACGCCCAGGACCAGCUCGACACGAAGAUGACGGGGCCGACGUGCUUCGGCGGCUGGAGCGAGAUGUGCUGCGACUCGACGUUCGUCGUCAAGCGCGACGACGCGCCCGUGGCGACGAUCCGCCACCUCGCGCCGCGCGACUGCGGCGAGGCCUGCAAGGCGCUCUGCACGGACAGCGACAACUUCGAGGUGACCUUCGACCCGUCGGUGAGCGCCAUGGACAAGGCGAACGCCAUCGCGACGAGUCUCCUCGUCGACUUCAUGUUCUUCGAGAUCGACCAGGGCCUCUGCCACGUCGAGGGCAACGUCAUCUACUGCACGCUCUGCCUCUGCUUCUGCGCCGGCGCCCUCCGCGCCGAGCUGACGAUGAUCGCGGUCGUCGACCAGCCGAGCGGCGACGUCGAGCUCGGCUCGACCAUGGUGUCGCCGCUCAUUCCUGCCGCCGUAGCCGUCGACCUCGUCGCCGCCGACCUGGAGAAGAUGCGCGGCGUCGUUGUGCGCCAGGAGACGCAGUUCCUCGAGUCCUUCGCCCAGGGCCUCGGUCUGCCCUACGAGGCCAAGAACAGGUACAAGGUCUCCGCGCUGCCCGAGGGCCGCGCCGUCGCGGCGUCGCCGACGGACGCGGCGCGCUGGCGGCCGACGAACAAGGAUCUGCUCGCGCUGCCGGCGGCGCUCGUCGCGCACGAGGAGUCGAAGUGCGGCUGGCGCGCGGCGCUCGCCUGCUGCGGCUGUCUGAAUUUCCGGGCCCUGACCAUGCACUUCUUCGAGUCCGUCGACGGCUCCGACGAGGGCGCGGGAAUCGAGCGCUUCCGCCUCGCGCGGCCGUUCCGCAUGGGCAUCAAGGCGACGAUCGGCUUGUGCGCCGGCGUCGGCCUGUUCCUCGGGCGCGUCGUGACGUACGCGCUGCCCUUCUUCGUGGCCGUGCCGCUGGGAGGCAUCGCGGAGCUCGUCUUCGGCGUCCUGGGCGCGUGCGUCGGCCUCGUCCUGGUGCGGACGCGGCCCGAGAGUCUGCGCUUGCGCCUAUCGCUCGUCGAGGAGGGCGGCCGCGUCGUCGGCGAGGUCGUCGAGGCCUUCGAGCCCGCGGCGGGGACGUCGUCGUUCGACGAGAAGUGGUGGACGUGCUGCUGCCUGUGCACCUUCUUCGCGCGCGUGACCUCUGAGACCGAGCCGGGCUUCACGCUCCGGUUCAACUCCUGCUGCUGCGGCGAGCACAACAACUGCUGCGGCGCGACGUGCUGCCGGCCCGACCUCGUCAUCGACGUCCUCGACGAGUCCGGCGCCGUCGUGAGCCACGUCCAGAAGACGUUCGCGCCCGCCGGCGGCGACGAGUCCUGCUGCAACACGCUCUGCCGCUGCCUGAACCAGUUCGACAGCUUCCUCGUCGAGUUCCCCGCGGGCGCGUCCCAGCGGCAGCGCGCGCUCCUCGUCGCGGGGCUCUUCUCCGUCGAGUACGAGCACUUCGAGCGCAAGGGCGGGUCGUAA